AGUUAUACUGGAGUCAGAGGGCGGGGUCUCCGCCGUGAUUCAGUGUCUCUUGCCGGAGAGUUACCAAGGUCGCCGAAAGACCUGUUCAAAACCGUUUCUUCAGCGAGUACCGGCUUGAAAGUCGCACACCGAUGGUCAAGGGUCGGCGAAAGCUAUUAUUGGAUUUUUUCCUCUGCAAUUGCGGUACUUCAGCAGCAAAGUUAAAUACGCUCGCUAAAAGAGAAGAACAACACGCAUGAUAUAGAUAGCAACACAAGGUCCUGCAACAGAGAAGGUUUGCUGGAAUGGGUAACCUGCUAAAAGUCCUUACAAGGGAAAUAGAGAACUAUCCACACUUUUUCCUGGACUUUGAAAAAGCCAAAUGGGGAAUCUGUUAAAAGUGCUCACUUGCACAGAGCUCGAACAGGGGCCAAACUUUUUCCUUGACUUUGAAAAUGCACAGCCCACAGAAGGAGAGUGCGAAGUAUGGAACCAGGUGAAUUCUGUCCUCCAGGACUCUGAAAGCAUCCUAUCGGGCCUGCAGGCAUACAAGGGAGCCGGACAGGAAAUCAGAGAUGCAAUUCAGAACCCCGGGGACUUCAUGCUCCAGGAGCGAGCCUGGAAUUCUGUGUGCCCUCUUGUCAUCAAACUCAAGAAGUUCUACAGUUUUUCUCUGAGGCUAGAGGAAGCUCUAAAGAGUUUGUUGGAGUCCCUGACAUGUCCGCCCUACACGCCCACUCAGCACCUGGAGAAGGAGCAGGCUCUGGCCAAACAGUUUGCUGAAAUCCUCCACUUCACGCUACGCUUCGAUGAGCUCAAGAUGAGGAUUCCCGCCAUCCAGAAUGACUUCAGCUAUUACAGAAGAACCAUCAGUCGAAACAGGAUAAACAACAUGAAUCUGGAUAUUGAGAAUGAAGUCAAUAACGAGAUGGCCAACAGAAUGUCUCUGUUUUACGCCGAGGCCACGCCCAUGCUGAAAACGCUCAGCAAUGCAACCACAAACUUUGUGACUGAGAACAAGACUCUUCCACUGGAAAACACAACAGACUGUCUGAGCACCAUGGCCAGCGUGUGUAAAGUCAUGUUGGAGACACCGGAGUACUCGAGUCGUUUCAGCAGCGAUGACACCGUCCUAUUCUGCAUGAGGGUCAUGGUCGGCGUCAUCAUUCUCUAUGACCACGUUCACCCCAACGGCGCCUUCAACAAGUCCUCCAAGAUUGAUAUGAAGGGCUGCAUAAAAGUGCUGAAGGACCAACCGGCAGACAACGUAGAAGGCCUGCUGAACGCCCUCAAAUUCACCACAAAACACCUGAACGACGAGUCCACUCCGAAAAACAUCCGGACGAUGCUCCAGUAAUGUUUUUUUUUUUUUUUUCCUCGUUGAUGUUGUUGUUUAAAUCUAAAAAGAUAUGAAGAGGAUCAAUGCGCUGACCUCAAAACAAGAUGUAUAUGUUUACAUUAUUUAAAAGACAUGUUAACACUUUGCGUAGUCGUUCUCUCCAAGUUAAAGGUGCAUGCUACUUAUAGCGACAGAAAAAGAAGAACGAGACAUUUCUGCCAGCCUUAAAUCAAUCGAUCAAUCGUCUAACGUCCUUUUCUAUACACACACACACACAAAAAAAUACAUGCUAUGUAUUAUUUCUGCGCACAGAAUGAGGUUAAAGGGCUGAAAAGUGGACGCAGGUGAGGGAUUUUUGGUGUUGUUUUCUAUGGUUUGUCCUGUUGUCUUCCCACUGUGAAUAUAAAAUCAAUAUAGAAUCACUCACACCACACAAUACAUUAGAAUAAAUAUUUCACUAUUUUCCUACAACGAUAAAGCUAGAAAAAAAAUAAGGUUUAAAUUCCACAUGUUAUGAUAAUAUUUUAAAAAUGUUCCUGCUGUUUUUCCUUAUUGCUUUCUUGUUAAUAUAUCCAUUUGUUGCCAGUUUUAAAAGCAGGAAAGAAAAACGCCUUGUUUGAGUGUGUGAGCGGGUUGAAUUAGUUAUUUUUAAAUUAUUAACUAGAUUUUUUUUUUAUGUGAACUUUAGCUUUAUGUCAUUUUAUUGCCUUAAAACGCACAUUUUCAACUACUGUACUCUUUCAAUUGGCCUGCUGUGUGGAACCUGAUAUCGGUAUGCAUAUUAUUAUAUUAUAGUAUUCACAAUAUUCAAAAAUAUUGGACAAUCACAUCACUAGAUCUCAUGCUUUUGUAAUAAUCCUCUUUUUUUCUCCACAUAUUCCAGUCAUAACUCAGCAUAUCACUUGAUAAGCCUUAAACAAUCACCAUAAAAGAAGUACUGUAGUACAUUAAAUCCAAAUUAUUUGUUACUGAACACACCUUUCCAUUGUAUGUCGAUUUUUGUCGUAUGUACACAUAAGCCAUACUUUGGGCUGUGUUCUACUAUGCGACAUGUUAAAAAGUACACACAGAUAAGAUGAACAUUUCACAAAAAAACUCCUUGUUGUGCUCCUGUGUGAUGAAUGCAAGACAUUUUCUUUGUUUUUGUUGGAAGUUGUGGACUGGCAGAUUAUAUGUAUAUUGAUUUGUAUUGUUUAACGAAAGGGUUGUGUGAAUUGGGUAAUAAAGGUGGUACAUUUCUUACAUAGAAACACUUUUUUAUAUUUUAUUCUAAAGCAUUAACAUGAUUAUUGGCUGUAUUCGAGUUUUAAUUCCAGCAGCUAUUACAAUACAGCAUUUGGCGUUCUGCAAGCUGUCAUUCCAUAAUUGUCCUGCAGGGGGUCGGUGUUCGUCAAUCCACGUGUUGUGUGAGUGUUAACGGAGUAGUCCAAGGCUGAAAUUCAAACAGGGGUGCACCUUGGAAAUAAAACACAGUUGACACGAAAGGGUGAAAUAUAGUAAAAUAAAAAUAGUAGAGAAGUAAUAUGUUAAGUUUAAGAUAUUACUUCUCUACUCAAGUAAAAGAAGUCAAAAGCCGUGUUUCAAU